AUGCACGCUCUGUACAUGUACUUCUUCCUUGGCUUGAAGAAGACGUACAUUGCGAAGAUCUUUUGCAAGUCCAUCAGCACGAUCACGAAUUGGAUUGAACGAUUCGAGAAGUCCAACGACUUCCAGCGCCUCGAUCGCGGGAAAAAGACCUUUGUCCUUCUUGGACGAGGUGAAGAAGGCGUUUGA